AUGAAAUCGCUCAUCCAUGCCAAGCUGCGGACAAUCACGACGAUAUGCCAUCAGCCGACGGCAAUUACUACCAUACGAUCGCUGGACAAGGGCCGGUCACCUAUAGGAAGCUCGUAUGUCAAGGCCAAAUCACCAGUCUAUUUCCCCAACAUUUCGAUUCGGUUGGUCAGGCCUAGCUCGACGGAUCGUGGCGACCCAUUCACGGCCAUCUUCAGAUGCGAUCUCCAGUUGACCAAGCCAGACAUCUUCAACUACCUGCGACAGAUCUAUGGACUCGGGAUUACCAGUAUCCGGACGGCGAUCUAUCGGGGUCGGUACGAGCGACAGAUCAAGAGCAGGGUCCGUGGCGGGGUCAAGAUCGGCAGGGACAAGAACCGGACGUUCAAAAAGGUCUGGGUCGGCUUGGAAAAACCAUUCUUCUACCCUCCUCAACCCAGCCAGCGAUUCUUGAACGAGAACUACAACUACCAGGACUUCUUGAACGCCUAUAAUCGAUCCAGACUCACCCAAAUCAGACACGCCAAACUCGACCGGAACCAGGUCAUGCCUGCGGGUAUACAUGACCGUAAGGGUGAACGAGUUAACGUCCUUCGACAGAUCCUGGACUCCAAAAAGUCAAUCCAACACGAAUUGAACGAACACGUCAAACAGUCUUUGAUCGACUCAACUACCGCGCCAACAACUUUGAAAAAGGAAUGA